UUCUGCUCCAAGGUGAGAAUUAAUAUAUCGAAUUAAUUGGAUUUGUGUUUAAUGCAUUUUCAGGAUUUUAUUGUUUUUCUGAUCGCAUGAGGAGAUUAUUUCAACUAUGAUUGCAAAAGUAUCCAGUUUUAAGUCAACACGUAGAAGACUGAUGGAUCUUUCCCAGUACCUUCCUUUCCAAUUUCUACGAAAAAAACAACCUAAAGGAUUGAACCCCGCUUCAAAAAAAAAAAAAAAAAAGCAACGGUGGUCGACAUCUUUGUUCCUGAAAGAAAACCUGCUUAAGAAACAACACAGUGCUCAUGCUUAUCAAAAUUCAGAGUUGGCUACAUCAGCCAAAGGUAUGGAGAUUUGUGUGUUUUUCUUCCUCUAUUGUUGGACUUGUCUGUUAUGCCUUCAACUCCUUUUUAAAUCAUUUAAUUGGAAAUUGGAGCUGGUGGAAGAUCUUUCUUUACAUUGUUUUCAGUUUCUUAAUCUCCCUUUCCACCUUGUUUGCAAAGACAUGGGAGUACUCCAAUUCUCGCUGUUUGGAAGCUCACGUAGCGUUUUCUACUUUGCUGGUCACCAGUGUAUACUCCUUUUUUCUUGAUAAAUAUGUGAAAGAGAAACCAGAUGUGUAUAGUCUGGUUUCGAGUGUUGCAUUUGCUAUCAUGUCUCUAGGCUUGUCUAGGCUGAGUCAUUUAGGAUUUGAGGUUGAUCUUCUCUACUUUUUCUGUGGACUUCUGACUGUACAACUCAUGAAAAUAAAACUAUGGUUAGUCAUUGUUGGAGGAGCUUUCAGUUAUUCCCUCAUCCUUCUUCGUUCCAAUUUGGAUCGUCAAACAAGAAGUAGGUAUUACGCAAUUGAACACCAAGAUGAUGUAGUGAUUGAAAUUGGUUCGCAUUCACAACCACAAGGAACCAGUCAUAGUGUUACUCAAGUGGAUUCAACCCAAACAGUUGUGGCUAGUUCACACCCAGUAAUUGAUAUGGUUUGGCCUUCAAGAGGAACAGGGCACAAUGCUUCUCAAGUAGUUUCAUCUCAAGAGGAUGGUGCUGGUGGUGCCCCUCCAGAAAACAUUUAUGGUACCAAGGAAUAUUUCAUGGGUUCUAUAGAGGCUCUUAAGAAGGAGAAUGGGAGCAUUAUCAGAGCAAUUUCCAUGCAUGUAGACAAAUACCUUAAAGCUAAUGUUGUCAGUGAAGACCAGAUUUCAGUGCCAGAAUUGCAUGGCGACGACAACAUGGUGGUGGAUUCAUUGUCGUCACUAAUGAUCAGCAAGCUUCGUGAAAAUGUAGAGAAGAUGGUGUCAGAUGGAUUUGUGGAGGAAUGCUUAGACGUGUACAGUAAUUGGCGGAGGGAGUUUCUGAAAGAGUGUCUCUGGACAUUAGGGUUGCAAGAUCAAGAGCUAAACAUGGAGGACAUUAACAAGAUAGAAAAGAUUGAGAGGUUGAUAAAAGCUAUGAACAUAGCUGCGAGGAUACUCUUUCCCAAUGAGAAGAGACUCUUCUAUCGUGUCUUUAGCGGCUCCAUUUCCUCUGGGGAGUUUCAUUUCAGGGAACUUUGCACGGAAUUGGCUACUAGUUUGCUGAAUUCUGCCCUUGCCUUGACAACUUGGAGCCAUUUCAUACGCAACACAUUGCAGGAGUUGAUACAAGAGUUUGAAUCAUGUACAACAUUUAUAAAUAUUGUGGUGCUACUGAUAAGGCAGAGAUUGUGCAUUUAUGAGGCUUUGGAAGAUGUAUCACUCAUUCCCGGUGGCGGUAUCCAUCCUAUUACCGUUGAAGGGAUGUACUGUAUUUAUUUGGUUUACAGAAAUAGGGAAAUUAGUAAAGUUAGACAAGAUUUAAAGGAGGGAAAGAUUCCAUCAUCUGUGUAUAUAACAAAAGUGAGAAUUCUGUUAGAGAGUAGUUUGGACGCUAAGUCCAAAAAUGGUAAUAAGCUUGAAGUGAUGUACUACAUUAAAUCUCUAGACCGAAGUAAGGAGAAUAAUCUAGGUUUAGGUUUAGAUACACUGAUUUUACCUGUGUGGAUCUACUGGAUGAUAGAGCUUUUAGAGAGCACUUUGGAAGCCAAUUCCAAAAAUUACAAAAACCCUUCUUUGGGUUAUGUUUUCAUCAUGAACAACCGGAGAUGCAUUGAAGUAGAGACAAAACUAAAUGGAAUGGGACAUUUUUUUGGAGAUGACUGGCUCCACAAAAACACAAGAAAAAUCCAAGAAAACCUUGAACUCUAUCUAAGAAGCUCAUGGAAUAAGAUUGUGAACCUUUUGAAGGUAGACAUCAAUCAACUAGAGCCGAGUGUUGCAGCCAAGUUGAUGAAAGACAACCUUUAUUGGUUCAACGAACACUUUGACGAGACAUGCAACAUUCAGUCUGCAUGGUCUAUCUGUGAUGAGGAUCUAAGAGAGCAAAUAAUAAAAUCCAUAGAAAACAUGCUGUUGCCAGCAUAUGGAAGUUUCCUUGGCACAUUUGCCGAAUUUGUUGGGAAGCAUGCUUAUAAAUACAUUAAGUAUGGAAUGUUUGAGGUUCAAGAUCGACUAAACAAAUUGUUUCUUGUAAGGGAGUAGAUGAAUCAGUAGCUAGAAGAGAAGGAAAGGUUAAGCGAGUUAAAUUUAGAAAACAAUAAUUUUAUUUCCAAAGGAUUUGUGCUCUGUAUACCACUGAAUGUUUCAAACACGAUCACAAAUGUGUUUCCUUUUUUAUUUUGUCUUGUUCAAAUUGAAGUUUGUAUACAUAAUCAUAAAUCUAUGCCUGAAGCGAAGGAAAUAAUUCCUAAGUUUGGAUUGAUUUAGAAUACAUUUACUGGAUUUAUGUCAA